ACCUAGGUUCUCGCUAGCCAACCAAUAAUCUAUGAUCUUCGCAGAGCGCAAGCGGGAGGUCCUACCGCGAGUGGACAUCUGGAUCAAUGAUAAACGAGGGAGCACCACGGAUGAGAAGAGAUACAAGCCUCUCGCCAACACUAUGUGCUCGCUGCUUAACGAUCCGACAAUGUACAACAUAAAUCCUGCCCACGAACUGCUACCGUCAGAGUUUGACUGGAAGGGCUUUAUCUGCUUUACUUUGCAGCACAAGAACUUCGACCAGACCAAGACCACCUACUACGUCACGCUUUCUCGUGAUAAGCAAGUUAUUGCUAGCGGAAACGUCGGUCUUGAAGGAGAGUUCCGUCAGGCCAUUAAGAAGAUGCUCGCCCUCGUUGGACGAUCGACCAACGUCAUACAAGAAGCCGCGCGUUACGGCAUCACCUGGGAACUCCGAGACGGGGAUCCCAUGUACGACGAACUCCCGUCGUUUGAGGAAGGCGAACUUUUCUGUUCUCGUUCUCUCGACCUCAACCAGCUAGGAGAUGAUCAAAGCAGACAAUCUCAAUCUGUCACAUCUAGCGCUGCAGAGGGCUCCCGGGGCCCGCGGCUGACGAACCCCGGUCUCGAGCGGCGACGCCCGGCGCGAACGAGGGCCCUUUGCUCCGAAGGCCUGGCCCAGACGACAACGCCGGCGUGGCUACAUCCCCGGCUGUCGCGGCCGCUGUGACGAAGGACUCCGAGGCCCUAAGACCUGACGCAGACGUACAGAAGAAGUAAGGAGAGCACAUGGUGUAGGAUUCGGGUUCCCGCGGAAAGGGGUACAUGUGAGGAGUCGAGAAGAACCUCGAAUGACGGCUGGAGCAAUCCUAAUUGUUCUGACAUUGUGGACCCCAAGGACACCUGGAACGAUGCCUCGAAUGACGACUGGGGCAGCCCCAACAUUACUCCUACCUACGACCAAUGGUGAGAACAAUUUUUGGGAAUUGAUUAUAAUGGAGGUUACUACGGAGGUCACAAUGGAGGUUACAAUGAACAGAAAUUAGAACUGGCACCUAGAGUGACGAGGAUUAGGAUAUUCACAGGCGAUGACGAGGACGCCAUCAUUUUUUUGGGGAGGGGAUUGUCACGUGGUACACGGGUUGAGUUAGCAUGGAGACCAUCCACAGAGCUCUACACCUUGCAGCAGCCCACCCUUGUAGAUACUAGAUUCAUAA